AUGCCGAGAAGCAGCGAUAAGAGAGGAUCCGGGAAAGGAGGCAGAUACAAGAAAGUAGAGCCACUCUGGCUUCACUGUGAUAAUAGAAAAAGCAGUAAAUCAAACGACCUUGCUGCAUGGGCAAGUGUCGAUCAAUGUGAAACAAGACGCCUUCAUUUGCCAACCAUUGAGUCUGAACUAUCAAAGUUCAAUAAACCAUGCCAGGCUCUAAAUAUGCAAAGUGCAACAGUGGCUGAGAAGCAAACUGGGCUUCUAUUUCCACCUAUUCAUCAAUUCGAUAAUCGAUCACCAUCAUUGCCAAAGAUUGCUUUAGAGAAUUCAGAACCAGCCCACAAUAUCAUCAUUGGAUCACCAAGAGCAUCUGCUGGUGUCUAUACUCGCACCUUUGAGCACAGUCUACUAAAGAAAAGCGGUAAACGAGACAGAAUCAAACUUCCAAAGCUCCAGAUCAGAAUUAACAAAAGCCUGACAGUUGACCAGGCAUCUUUGAAUCCCAGGGCUUUAACUCCACCACUUCCAUCACCAGCAAAACUGCCACCAAUUGACGUCGGUCAAAUGCCAUACAUUCCUGUUAACAUAAUGGAUUCUCGAUCCAAGUCUUCACCAGCUCGUCGACAUAUUCUCAGUGCCAACAGAUUUCCUGAACUGGUUAUUCAUGGUAACAAUGCUCCACGAUGCAAAAUUGAUAUUGAGAACAAAAUGUCCAAAGCUGACAAAUCUAGCCAACGUCGAAAGAUGGUGCAUGUUGAAAUGCACCUUCUCCGAUAA